AUGUACAGCCGCAUUAAUUGUAUAAUUGAAGUUGCAGUCUCUUUAACUACUGCGUCUAAAUAUGCCUUGGUUUCUAAGCUCAAUUCUACCGUAUCUUCCGAUAAUGUAUUGCCUCCUAGCUGA